AUGUCAGUAAAGAGAUCAAGGGUAGCAUCAUCAAGCAGUGCAGCCAGGCAAACUGCGAGACAACUAGUCAGACAGCCGGAACCAAAUGUACCUGUGGCUUUUAACCCACAGUAUCAGACACUUCAUGAGCAUCCAGAUGAUAUCCGCCCGACAGUUUAUGAGGCGACUCAUCCGAUUAUUGGAUUUAUUAUGGAGUACAUGGUGGAGCGACCGAGCUGCAUUGGGUACAAUAUUGUGGAGAGUUUGAUCGUUAUGGAUGGGGUGGAGCGUUGGACUUUAAUCCCACACAAAUUUAUGUUGAUAUAG